AUUUGAUGAAAUACCAUUAGAAGUUUUCGAAGAGUAUUGUCUAAAGCAGGAUUUGAUUAAAAUUUUUUGACAUGGAAAAAGAUAAAAGUUGCGAAGUUGCUAAGCUCUCGUUGCUUUAAGGCCGCGAGAUGGCGAUCGCAUCGGACGACCAUCGAUCGAUACGUUGUCACUUGCCACCGCGUCAUUCGCGUGAAAAUGACAACGGAGACUGUUUUACUUUUUUUGACGUGUUACUUUCUUGUGGGAAGCACCGCGGAUUACCAAUUCCUAAGGGACAAUUACGUCGAAGAAGAUGCACAACAGUACGACGAUUUCGACCGAUUAGCCUCGUUACGGAAGUACGCGUACGACGAUGACCGCGAGAGUCGUCGAAACAUCGACGAUGAAUUGGAGAAUUGGACUGGCCGAUGGAUGCCCGACAGGCCAAACGACUUCACUCCAUCUCCCAAAGUACUUGCAAAGGUCGAUCAGAUGACGCUCUCUGGAUCCUCUCAAUCCCUUCACGGAGUACCGAUGGGACACCCGUCAAGAAACUGCGACGAUGCCAAAACCAACUUGACCAUGGAUUGGGACGGUAAUCCGAUCAAUUACACCUGCUACGACAAUAAAAUCAUCCCGAAUAGAAACACGGUAGCGCUCAAGUACUGCGAACGCGUUCCAAAGUAUUACGUGGCUACGCAUAAAUGCAUGUACGAGGAAAUAACAUACGACGACGACGUUCCGCUGUUCGGACCACACAGGCCACUCUGGCCCAUCUACGGCGAAUACAAAUUUUUACCGAAGCAGAGGUGGCUCCAUAAUCUCGAGCAUGGAGCGAUCGUCGCAUUGUAUCAUCCAUGCGCCAAUCCCAUGGAAGUAAGACGUUUGAAGAGUCUGGUCUCGAACUGUCUACGGAGACACGUGAUCAGCCCGUACAACCUGCUAGACAAACGCCGUCCAUUCGUUUUGGUUACGUGGGGGUGUCGUCUGAGCAUGUCUUACGUGGAUCCUAAACUGGUGGUUGGAUUCAUUCGCGGGCACGCUCUUCAGGGGCCGGAGGAGAUCGCGAGGGAAGGCGAUUUCGCAGAAAAUCUGCUACAUCCGGCUGAAAUCGUGUCCGAUCUCGAGGAUACAGUUUUAUGCCCGAACGUGCGUACAGUUCAACGCAAUUAACAUCGCGUAUCCGUAUCAUACCUACGUGUACAUACCAACACCUGAACCUUUUACUCCUUAUUUAUUAGCUGCGUUUUCUUUUCCCUUCCCUCCAACAGUUCCCCGUCAACAUUCCAAACUCUCCUCUCCUUUUCUCCUUCGUUGUUCGUCGUUUUAUCGUGACAACGUAUAAUAGAAGAAUUAAUAAAGAUAAAAUCGAAUCGAAA